AUGACAUCCAAAGGACAAGAUGAGUUUCCUUGCCUGCUUACCCUUGAUGUCCCCUUUCCGGACGCACGGCUCGCCUCCGUCGCACACCAAGCGCUCCGAGUUGAUAAAGAGCUCUCCUCCUUAGUGAAGCGCGACUUGAAAACCGUCGAUGCCGGCGACUCCGGGAGCCCGACCGUCCUCCGCAUCGAAUACCAAGCUACUACCAACCGUAUGCUCCGCGUUGCUGUUAACUCAUUUCUCGAAAGCCUCGCUCUCGUGUUAGAGGUCCAAGAAGAACUGGACGUGGACGCGGUGGAUGCACUACAGUCGCAAAGCAGUCUUGGGUGA